GCUCCUCCGGGUUAGGAGCGGGACUUCGCCUCUCGCACUGGUCCUCAUUUCAUCUCCAGCUUCAACGACUCUCCCACGAAUAUUGUCCCCCUCCGGAGGCUUGGACCAACCGCUUUCCCGUCUAGUGUUUUCUGGGUUCUGCCCCCAGCAGAUCUGAUUCCUGCCCUGUAGCUUUCUGAAAGAUUAAUGUUGAGCAUCAUUAGUGAAACUCAGCUGCCGCCUCUGUACACAACAGCAAAGGCUUUGGAGAGCUUUUUCAGUUAAGACAAUAAUGACUUUCUUGGACUAUAAUCCCAGUGGAUCCUGUUUUCUGUGUAGCCUGGAUGAAUACCUAACUACCAUUGGUAGUUCUUCAGAGACCUUAUAAAAACUACUCUACAUCAAAAAACUGAGUGCCUCUGGGUUGUUGAAGAGGGCCUUAAGAAUUGGGAUAUCAAUUCACCUGGAAGAUUCAACCACUGCUACUCGGAGCUGCUGCUGAAAUACCAUGUCUAAGAACUCAGAGUUCAUCAAUCUAUCAUUUUUAUUAGACCAUGAAAAGGAAAUUAUUUUGGGAGUCUUAAAGAGAGAUGAAUAUUUGAAAAAAGUGGAGGACAAGAGAAUAAGGAAACUGAAAAAUGAACUCUUAGAAGCAAAACGUAGAAGUGGGAAGACUCAACAAGAGACCAGCAGAGUCUGUGUCCACUGUCAGAGAAACCUGGGCUUAAUAUUUGACCGGGGAGAUCCAUGCCAGGCCUGCUCAUUGAGAGUGUGCAGCGAAUGUCGCGUUUCGGGAUAUGAUGGCAGCUGGAAGUGCACUGUCUGUGCCAAAGUCGCGCAGCUAAGGAUUGUAACUGGUGAAUGGUUUUUUAAAGAAAAGGCAAAGCGUUUCAAGCAAGCCAAUGUUCUAGGCACCGAUGUUGUCCGACAGUCCAUCUUAAGAAGAAAUCCAGGAGCUGAAGAAAUACAAAACCAAGAACAAACCCGCCAGGACACAGAGAAGUCAAACACUUCACCUUUUGCUGGGCAGAAGGCCAGCCAUGAUGGGCCCAGGAGAAAGGGAUUUCUUCUUAGCAAGUUCAGAUCAGCAACCAGAGGAGAAAUCAUCAUAACUCCCAAAACUGAAAGUGGGAGGAGCUAUAGCAUGGACUUAGACAGCCAACAUUUUCGGAGUUUAAAGUCAGCCCCCAGUUCAGACAGGGGAAGCACUGGUUCAUCAGAUCUUAAUGACCAGGAAGCUGGUCCUGGUAUCCCAAAGAGCAGCCAGACCAAUGGUAUGACCCCAGUCGCUCAGAAGUCACCAGCCUCAAGCACACGCAGUGUGACCUCAGUCAGUAAUAGAAAGGAACACGGUUUUAAAAAUUCCAUGGAUUUGAUUGCCUUUGAAAGAACCUCAGAGGACCUUAUAAAGAAUCAUCGCAGAAAAACUUCUGUUACACCUUCCAUAGCAGUGUCUGGGGCCUCCUUCUCCUCAGACCGGACUCAAUCUGAGUUAGAUUUGAGUGGGUCAUUUACAGAAGACUCAGAGGAUACUGUAAAUAUAAGAAGCAAGUCUGUCCCUGGGGCUUUAGACAAAGACUUGGACUCCUUGGAAGAGACUGAAGAAGGCAUUGAUGACUUAGUGUCCUCCCAGUUUUCUGCAAAUACCCAGGGUCUAGCAAGUGGCCUGUCAACUAAUUCUCAAGCAGGCUCCAACAGGAAGUGGACCUACCUAAAUGUGCCUGAUGCUGACUCAGACACUACUAGCCUUAACAGCAUGAUGAGCGUUUACAGUGAAACAGGAGACUAUGGCAACGUGAAGGUCAGUGGUGAAAUCCUUCUCCACAUCAGCUACUGCUACAAAACUGGCGGGCUCUACAUUUUUGUCAAGAAUUGCAGAAAUCUGGCCAUAGGAGAUGAAAAGAAACAGAGGACAGAUGCUUAUGUCAAGUCAUACCUUCUCCCUGACAAAUCUAGAAACAGUAAGCGCAAGACCAAAAUCAGAACAGGCACCAAUCCAGAAUUCAAUGAAACACUAAAGUAUACCAUCAGCCAUACCCAGCUCGAAACAAGAACUCUGCAGCUCUCAGUCUGGCAUUAUGAUCGAUUUGGACGUAAUAGCUUCCUUGGGGAGGUGGAGAUUCCUUUUGACUCAUGGAACUUUGAAAAUCCAAGUGAUGAGUGGUUUGUGCUUCAGCCCAAGGUGGAACUUUCUGCUGACAUUGGCCUUCAGUACAAAGGAGAGCUGACAGUUAUUUUACGUUAUAUUCUCCCAGAGGAGAACCUGAUGCUUCCACUAGGACAACUUCAAGGAAAGAAGACCAUUAAAAGAGGAAAGAAGGAGUCGCCUCUAAUUUCUGGAGGAAUACUAGAAGUAUUCAUCAAAGAGGCAAAGAAUUUGACAGCAGUGAAGUCAGGAGGCACUUCUGAUAGCUUUGUGAAGGGGUGUGAGCCAUGGGAAGAAUGUGGAUUGGAUGGACUCUCAGGGAGAAGAGCAACGCCUUUGGCAGAAGAUGGCCGACAAUCCUGGGACUCCCAUAGAGGGUAUACUCAUGCUUCGUUCCAGCAUGGGGAAGCGUCGGCUCUGAAGGUACCAUUCUUCAAAAUGAGGCCUCCAAGGACCAUCUGGCUGCCAUUUCCUACUAGUAGCAGGCAUAGGAUCUGGGAUUUCUCUUCCCUGUCAUUUCUCACUUGAGGGUAUUGGGACAUGAGGAGAGAGAUAUCAGUGUGAUGAACAUUGACGAGUGUCUAAAAAAGCACGUACUUCUAUAUGCCCGUGGGCCAGGGCCUUCGAGAUUGGAUGAUAGAAAGUGUACUACACUGUCCUGCCAAAAAAACAAGCUGUGCAAUUAUUCAUAGGCUUUAUACUAUAUGAGAGAAGGCACAAGCUUAUUUGACACUAUAGUUGAGAUUGGGAGUCCUCAAACUUUUGCUAGUUAUGAGUUACUUUAGGUUUCCUCAAAUGGUUUGAGGGAAAGGGGGGCCACUCAGGAUAUAGAGCACUUUAAGAGUAACUAGAAGGGAUUGGAUACCUUUUUCUCACCCUGGGAAUCCCCACAAUCUGAAAAAGGCAUUGUAGGAAUGGUUGUUGGAGCAAGGAGGUGGCCCUGUUAUUAUAGCAAUCUUGUGGCUUAACCAGGUAAAUUUCCAAGAUGAAAUGACAAUUUUUUUUUCCUGUGGUGACUAUAUAAUUUAUAAUCUAAAUCAGCCCACUUUUCAGAGCGAAGGGAGCCAAAUCAUCAUACCAGAACAAUAGAUGUAAACCAGGAUUAAUCUGGGGAAAUCGGGAUAUCGGGUCACCUGGUUAUGACCUAGCUGUUAUGUCUGUUGUAAACAUGUAUUUUAUAAAAUAUUCUAAGCCAUUAACUAAGAGGGAGUAAGAAAUAAUGUACAUUUUGAGCCCUGCUUGUGUCAUGUCUACUGAUACUCCAUUGGUCAAAAGAAGUUACAUGGCCAAGCCCAAAAUCAAGAGGCAGGGACAUAUACUCUGCUACAGUGAAACCAAUGCAAGAGUGAGAUUACAGGAAAGGAUGAAGAAUCAUGGCCAAUGGUUCAAUCUACCAAUUCCAUCUGUCACUUGGAAUUCCAGAUGCUUUAGCCACCAAAUUUAGAUGUGAAGGUAGUUAAAGCUGAAGGGGGCCUCAAAUCUGAUUCCUUAUUUUGCAUAUUCCAGAUCUGAACCCAGAGAGCUGAAAUGACUUGCCCAAGAUCUUAUAUAAGCUGUGACUAUAUCUGGACUUAAAUCUAAGGUGUGAUGCCUAGGCUAGUGUUCUUUCCACUGUACUCCUUGACGUGAUCCUAUGUUUAUCAGGGUGGACAGGAGGACAUAUAUAAAGGAAGGCAGAGCAGAGUCUGAUUAUUUAAGUAUGAACAUACCUGACCUAGUCUUCUUUUGGAGUCAUCUUGUAGCCCCUCAGUUCAUUUUUUUCACUUGAAUUCAUAUAAAAUCCUUAAAAGGAUAGGAACGAUUUUAGUAGCGGGAAAGUUAGAAUCAUCUUCAGGUGUAUUCUAACUUAUUGUUUCAUAUUUUCAAUUUCUUCUCGAAUUUUGAGUAUAUAUUUAAGAGUAUAUUUAGCAUUACUCUUAGUAAGAGAAUAAGCAAUCCAUUUUCAAUAUUAUAAAAAAAAAUAGGCUACCUAAUUCUAGAAAAUUGAAAUUGGUGGUCUAGUGUAGCUUAAAAAAAAAACAACUCACACCCAUAUUCAUACAUUGCUCUUCUUAAAAACAUAAAACAAAAUAUGUAAGAUCAUCACUACUUUCUAUUUUGGAAAAAUAAAUUGUCUUCAGACCUGAUGAUGUGCCUCAUCCUAUCUUCAAUGACAUUUUCAGGGUAGGUGAGAGGGGUGAUGGUGAAGUCUGGGGACAUCUCUAAAGUAGACAGAAUGAAAUGGAUUUAUUCACUAAUAACAAAAGUAGCAUAGAAAUAAAUAUCAAAAUUUACAACUUGAACUCACGACGAACAUGAACUUUAUGUGUUCAGAUCUUUGCCACAUUUAGAGCAAUUCUCUGUAUCAUGGUUUCAUAAAAUCCAACAUCUGAUAACUGGUUAUUUCCAUGAUGCAAAACCCAGGUAUGCAGAAGU